AUGCAGCGGAAAAUGCUGACCGGAAAGGACGUUGCGGAGCAUAACAGUAAGGACUCUUGUUGGGUCGUUAUUCAUGGGAAGGCCUAUGACGUGACGGAAUUCCUGCCCCAACACCCCGGCGGCCAGGCGGUUAUUCUCAAGCACGCUGGCAGAGAUGCCACCGAGGCAUUCGAGCCAAUUCACCCUCCGGAUAUACUGGAUGAGGUAUUCCCCCCGCCCCAUCCGAAUUCCUUUUAUCGACUUUCUUUCUCCCAUUCAUCGCGCUAAUUUUCGGGGAUGCCAGUACCUCGAUCGGUCCAAGCACCUCGGCGAAGUGGACAUGUCCACAGUAACGGCGGAGAAGCCCUUCGACCCGGACGAGGAAUCCCGACAGCAGCGCAUCGCUUCGAGGCCUCCGCUGGACCAAUGUUUCAACCUGCACGACUUCGAGUCCGUUGCCAGGCAGGUGGUGAAGAAGGGCACCUGGGCCUACUACUCCUCCGGAGCCGAUGACGAGAUCACUCUGAGGGAGAAUCACUCUGCCUACCACAAGAUCUGGUUCCGCCCGCGCGUUCUCGUCGACGUGGAGAAGGUGGACUCGAGCACUACCAUGCUCGGGAGCAAGUGCGAGGUGCCCUUCUACGUCACAGCCACCGCGUUGGGGAAGUUGGGGCAUCCGGAGGGGGAGGUGGUGCUUACUAGGGCUGCUGGUGGUCAUGGUGUUAUUCAGAUGAUACCUACCUUGGCUUCCUGCAGCUUUGAUGAGAUUGUGGAUGCGAGGAGGGGGGAUCAGGUUCUGUGGUUGCAACUCUAUGUGAACAAGGAUCGUGAGAUUACGAAGAGGAUUGUGCAGCAUGCGGAGAAGAGGGGAUGCAAAGGGCUGUUCAUUACGGUUGAUGCCCCGCAGCUUGGCCGUAGAGAAAAGGGUACCUCGCUUAUCCCUUUACAUGUCGAUUGUUCCGCCUGAUGCUAAACUCUACAGACAUCCGCACCAAGUUCGACGGUGCGGCCUCCGACGUCUUAAGAUACAACCCAUCCGCCAUCGACCGCUCGCAAGGCGCCGCGCGCGCGAUUUCCGCUUUCAUAGACCCAAGUCUCUCCUGGAAGGACAUCCCGUUCUUCAAAUCCAUCACGAAAAUGCCCAUUGUCCUCAAGGGCGUUCAGCGCGUCGAAGACGUGAUAGCGGCCAUAGAGCACGACAUCCCUGCCGUCGUUCUCUCCAACCACGGUGGCCGUCAACUCGACACGGCUCCCAGUGCCAUCGAGAUCCUCGCGGAAGUCAUGCCCGAACUCCGCCGCCGCGGGCUCCAGGACAGGAUAGAGGUGUACAUUGACGGCGGCGUGCGACGCGCGACCGACAUCAUUAAAGCCCUCUGUCUCGGCGCGAAGGGCGUCGGCAUCGGCAGGCCGUUCCUGUACGCCAUGAGCGCGUAUGGUGAGCCGGGUGUGGCUCGGGCGAUGCAGUUGCUCAAGGACGAGUUCGAGGUUGGAAUGAGACUUGUCGGUGCUAAGAGUGUGGAUGAGCUGGGGCCAGAAUUUGUGGAUGCUAGGGGAAUCGGUGUGCACGGCGUGCCCACGCCCGCGGAUUUUCUGUCGUCUGAUGUUUACGAUAGGUUGGUUUUGCCGGCGUUUGCGGUGAAGCCGAAGUUGUAGCUGGCUUUCCUUGCCGGGUGCUUCCUUCCUUCCUUCCUCCUUUUUCAUUUUUCAUUUUUCAUUUUUUUUUUGGGUUGAAUUGAGUUGGAUUGGAUUGGAUUGAAGUAGUAGAUGAGCGAUGGGAUUUGCAUGUAUAAUAUUACUGCCGCAGAAUGCAGAAAUCACUUGCCGUAUUAUUCAUACCUUGUCCAACGUCUGAUUCGCCAAACGAUUUCCUACAGUUUCUGCCCUUUCUUCCGUGGCACUUUUGUCCCGGAUAGCGGUGCUUCCCCAGUGGUACGAUGGAAAAACCCGCACAUCUCAUCAUUGAUUCCCACCAUAACCACUACCUAUGUACCCGGCCGGCCUCUUUCUCCCACCCUUUCGAUUUGAUUUUACCGAAAGUAGAGAACGAAUGAGCGAACAGGUGGGGGUGAAUACAUGAAUUCAGAAACCUCUCGGUAGAGUACGAGUACUGUACACUUGCAAAAAGCUCUGGUCUUGUUUUUUUUUCAUUUUUUAUUCUCAUCUCCUUCCCUUUUCGGUAGAGGUACAUCACACGGCGUUAUAUCCGGCGGAUACCGUAUAGUUAUCAUACGAUGGUCGACCUUUUUGAUCCACGGAGGCUCACGGCAAGUGUUUGAGGUCGUUGCAUCACCCGACGUGAGAUCUACCGCGUGCCGAUUGUUUUUUUCUUUUCUUUUCUUCUUCUCUUCUUCUCUUUCCCCUCGGGGUGAAGUCCUGGAUACCGUAGCGUGGGGUUUGGUUAACUUAAGGGUAAUAGUGUGUCGGCGAGUGUGGGUUGUUGUUGUUCUAGAAGGGAGGGGGGGAAAGUGCAAAGUGAGGUAUUGUACCGGUUACUCGGGGUGAUAAUAAUGUAGACUAAGGGGGUAGGUAGGUAGGUAACUUGGAUUCGUGACUGGCAGGGCUGUACUCGUACUGGUACUGUACAAGUCGGUGCAUAUCGUGAUCUCUAGAAAUAAAAAUGUAUUAAAAAGAAGGAGGAUGGGAGGGAAUGUGCCGAGUGAUCAAAUGGAGUAUCAUACCAUACCGGUCAUUGGUACUGUAUCGUAUCGUGGCGGGAAUUACGCGAACGGACGCACCUUAUUAUCACAGCAUAGAUUUCCGGAUUUUUUAUUUUUUAUCAUAGGGAAGGGCGGCGGUUGGGUGGGUAUGAUAGGAAAAGUGGGUGAGUGAGGUGGCGAAUCCCAAGCGCGCUUGAAAGUGUGAUGUGAUAAAUGGAGUGAGUCACGGGGUGUUACUUGAAGGGAGUUUUGUGAGCCUUUGGAGGGUACCGUACGAGGAGGAAGGGGGUUUUUUUUUGGAAAAUGUUCUCUGGUGUAAUGGUGCUUAUGUUACAGUGCCGGUAUGAUAGCUGCGAAUGUGAAAUCUGACUUGGAGGGGAUUGGAUAUUUUUGAUUGCC